AUGGGCGAGGAGUACGCGCGCUCCCCUUGCGAGCGCUUCCCGGCGGCGGGCGCGUUCAGCGUGGCCCCGCCGGAGCGGCUCAGCCCGCCGCCGCCCGCGCCGCUACCGGACCGGUUUUCGGCGUCGCCGCGGCGGGUGCGCCGGUGCGCGGAGGCCGAGCGCGCGCGGCGGCCGCGCUACGUGCCGCCAGCGGCGCACGUGCCGGUGGAGCGUUACGUGCCGCGGCCGCCAGCACCGCUGCGCCCGCCGCCGCCGGUCUACUGUUCGCUAGCGUGCCGGCCGCCCCCGCCAGCGGCGCGCAAGUGUUGCGGGCCCGCGUGCCGCGAGGACAUCGGGGGCUCACCCCCGCCGUCGCGCUAUGUGGAGUACGUGGGGGCGGCGGCGGCGCGCCGGCUGGCCUGCACGCCGCCGCCGCCGCCGCCGCCAGCGCUGCAGCUGCCCUGCGAGCCCCAGGAGCCACCCUGCUGCGUACAGGCUCGCAGGCGUCCGCAGCCUCCGCAUGAUUGGUGA